UUUGUUUUGGCUGACUCCUCUUUCACCGUCUCCUCAUAACUUCUUCAUCCUCAUAAACCACCAAAAAUAAAAAACACAAGACACACACUUCUCUCUGGCUCUCUCUUCUCUUUAUAUAUCUAACCUUUUAGGGCUUCCACGAUCACAUAUCUCUACGUGUAAUGAUGGGUUUCUCAAUUUUCUUCUCCUCUGAAAAUGACGUCGUCCAUCAUUCCUCUCCUUAUGCUUCUGUUGACUGCACUCUCUCGCUUGGAACUCCCUCCACUCGCCUCUGCAACGAUGACGAUGAACGUAGAUUCUCUUCUCAUACCUCCAACGCCUUAGGCUGGGACUUCUUGAACGGUGCCAAGAAAGGUGGUGGAGGCGGCGGUAAUAACCUCCUCGCUCGCCGUUGCGCCAACUGCGACACCACUUCUACUCCUCUUUGGAGAAACGGUCCAAGAGGUCCCAAGUCGUUGUGUAACGCGUGUGGAAUCCGAUUCAAGAAAGAAGAGAGACGGGCAUCGACCGCCGGAAACUCGACCACCGGCGGAGGACCAACGGCGGCUGGAGUUCCAACUUCGGAUCCUCACGGGGGUGCAAAUUAUUAUGAUUAUAACAGUAAUAAUCAAUAUGUUUCAUCGUCGCCUUGGGUACACCACCAUCAGCAGCAUAACACGCAGAGAAUGCCUUACUACUCGCCGGCGAAUAACGAAUACUCAUUCGUUGGUAACGCUGAUCAUGACGUCACGGCCGACCCGUUCUUGUCUUGGAGGCUCAACGUCGCCGACCGGACCAGCCUUGUCCACGAUUUUACGAUGUGAUGAGUGAUCAGUCCGUAGUUAAUUUUCCCCCUCAUAAGUCUUAGCCUUGGAUACCUUUUAACGAAAAAGAAAAAUCUUAGCUUUGGUCAUAUUCUUAAUUAUUUUACUCUUUUAUAGUAUAUUACAU